AUGGACGUCGCUGAGGAAUCGGAAAAAGUCGAGGAAAAGUUGGAAAAAAAGCGGCCAAUGUGGAGGUAAAACCAAAAACGAAGAAGCUGGGAUUCCAUGCGAAGGUUGGAUUUUUUUAGAAAAAAAUGAUUUUUUUCAGCCUCCAACCGUGGAAAAUCACAUCGCCAGAUGCUCCUCAUUCGGGGGUGAUUUUUUUGAUUUUUAAAAUUUUUUAACUCGCCUAAAAAGUUUUUCAUUAGUCUUGAAAUUAUCAAAAAGGUGGAAAGAACAUUUUUUUCGAUUUUUUUCCCCCAAGGAAAUUUGAUCCUCCAGCUCCGGCUAGACAUGCAUUUUUCGUCAUUUUUUUCUCUUCCCUUUUUGUUUCUUUUUUUCUAUAUUUUUUUCAGUUUUGAAGCUUUUUUUGGUUCGAUUUUUUUCAAAUAUCUCGAAAUUUCAUAGUACAUUUUGCAUUCAAAAAGUUCGUUUUAUGCAGUGAAAAAAAGGUAGAAAUUCAUGAAUUUUUGAAUACUUUGGGCUUUUUUUCUGAAGAAAAAAAUAGUAUGUGGUUGCUUAGAAGUACGAAAAAAAACGUCUGAUUUAAAUUUGAAGAGCUGAAAUUUUUUUCUAUGUAUUCUGAAGGUUCUAUUCGAAACCCAUACUUUUCCCCUUUUUUGAAAAUUAUCUCAAAGGAUGUACUGUGCUGAAAAAAAAAAAUUUCUGCGGAAAUUUGUAGUGGCCACUAUAGUGGCUCGCCAAGGACUACUUGAAGAGGACACUAAAGUGGCCACUAAGCGUAUCUCUAUAAUGGCCACUAUUUUCCGUUUCAGUGGCCACUUCAGUAGUUUUUCAUCCAGUAUUUCUUCCAGUAACUCUUAUACAGAUUGGACCAGUUAUGUUAAUCCAUUGACCCCUAAAGUGGCCACUUAAAAUUUUAGUGGUCUAGUAGUAGCACUUGAACCCCUAUAGUGGUCACUUAUUUUUCAACCCCUCAAGUGGUCACUAAUUUGACUACUAUAGUGGUCACUAAAACGUCAAAACCCUAUAGUGGCCACAGAGUCUCAUUUGGUUCCAAAAAUAGUCUUCCAGGCCUUCCACGACCCCGUGGCUGAAGACAACGACGAGGAACCGACUUUUUCGGAAGACAUGGUCGAGGAACGGAAGCGGCUGAAGAAGGCGACGAAGAAGAAGCCGAACGACGGCGUCGUCGACGAGAAGCCGUCGCCGGUUCCAGAAGAGGAAGAAGUCGACGUCGUCCCGCACACGACUGACGUCAUGGUCACUGACCAGGGGCAGAUCCCCGUCGAGCAGGAGUCUGGAGAAGGGCAGGAGGUCCAGCAAGAGCAGCAACAGGAACAGGAGCAGGAGUGUGAUCCCAAUGCUUAUCCUGGUGAAUGGUGA